AAUUUACUUUCACGUGUGAGUAAUAGAUUUCACUAUAAGCUAUUACCGUGAAUUUAGCAUUUAACAGUUAUCUCGUUGAAUGCUGUUUAUUUGAAACAAGUUUCGUAACAUAAAGCUGAAGUUCCUCUCAUAAAAUGCAGGACCCCAAUGAAGAUACUGAAUGGAACGAUGUUCUUCGAGCUAAAGGAAUCAUUCCGCCGAAGAAGGAGAAGGAGAUUACUGAAGAUGAUAUCAUUGGCAUGAUUGAAAACACUAUUGAGCAAAAGCAGAAUCAAGACAAAGACCUUUCCAAGAUGGGUUUGGAUGAAUUGGACGAGUUAGAAGAUUCUGAAGACGAAGCAAUAUUGCUCGAAUACCGUAAGAAAAGGAUAGCCGAGAUGCAAGCAUUGGCACAGAGGGCGAAAUUCGGAACGGUCUUGGAAAUAUCCGGUCAAGAUUACGUUGAUGAAGUUACUAAGGCCGGCUCUGGUAUUUAUGUUGUUCUACACCUAUAUAGCCGCGGUGUGCCUUUCUGCUCGCUGGUGAAUCAACACAUGUCGCAGUUGGCACCUAUGUUUCCAGCUACGAAAUUCAUCCGAGCCAUUGCUACAACUUGUAUUCCGAACUAUCCGGAGCGCAAUCUUCCGACAAUUUUCAUUUACUUUGAGGGCCAGUUAAAGAAGCAAUUUGUGGGACAGGUCGAGUUGGGUGGUCCCAAUCUGACUUGCGAUGAGCUGGAAUAUAUGCUUGGACAAACAAAGGCAAUCGACAGUAGUAUUAGCGAGGAUCCCAGGAAAGCGAAAGCCGUCAAAGAUAAAAUGUUCGCCGAUUUGGCCGAUAGCAAUGAUUGGUAAAUGAACCAAUCAGACAAAUAAUUCAACACUGUAUUUUCGAAAAUACGGACAAUAAAAUGGUUUUAUAAUUUAUUUACUUAA